AUGGCGAGCGCGACGUUCUCCGAUCUGCCAACCGAGCUGGUUGUCAAUGUUUUCGCUUUUAUCCGGCAAAAGAAAGAUCAAGGCGUUGUAUGUCUCGUGAGCCGCUCAUGGCGGGAGCUUAUGGCCCCUAUCUUGUGGGAAAAGCUUGAAUUCAGCUUGGGUGAUCACCAAGGCUCUUCCCCUGGCCGCUCUUUGACGACGUUAUUAGAUCCUAACUCCGGGAUCCUCCCACAUGUACGGAAUCUAUGCUUUGCGGACUUUACGGAUGAGGAUUCGAAUAACCGUUUCGAGUCGUUGAUCUUGGCACUUCCACGCGAUAAACUCCGCAUUUUCCAGGCCUAUGACGACAUGCAGCAUGAGCUUUUCUUGCAAUUGUUGCGAUCGCAGACCAAGCUAGAGAGAAUCUGUGCAGUGACUCCAUUUACCUGCCUUGGCUCGACGGGUGACUAUCAUUGUACUUCCCGGGAAUACCGCGCGUGGGUUGCAUCGCUGACGCCUGAACUGAAGGAGAUUAGUCUUCUUCUAGAGCGCGAAGAGGAAGAGGAAGAAGAGGUCGAGAAAAACCACCGGAAUCUGCAGAGCUUUAUCGACCUCUACCCUAGUCUCGAAAGGCUGAACUUGUCAGCCGAUUGUGACCCUCCGAUCUCAUUACAAGGACUGCUCUCGCUAUCGCCGGAGAGUCGCCUAUUCUCCAAUCUGACGUCUAUCAAGAUGGAGGAAAUAGACCUGGUACCGAAUGCUUCAUCUCAGUUCUCCCACACCUUCGACGUUGCAAGGUUAGAGAGGUUGGAUCUUUUGCUCUGUAGCUCGAUGUCGCCCUUUUUCGAGAGUCUCUCAAAAUCCUACAUUGAGACACCUGGUAAUUUAAGGGAGUUGUGCAUCCGCCUAGAUAACGGUGUUGAAGACGAAGUGCAGGUCGAGACCACAAAAUCCAUUGAAAACUUCCUCAAAGUCUGCUGCGCUAGACUUGAGAAUCUCGAACUACAACUCUCCAACGGCAAACUUGUCGACAAAAGUUGUAUCCUGCCUCACGCUGCGACGCUUCGUAACGUCGUCAUCGGAAAAUCUCGAAACUUUCUCACGGAUUCUCAGUCGCACUACUACCCGGGAGACGAAGUCGGGGUGAUUUUGAGGGCGUGCACAAAGCUCAGAGGACUCGCCAUCAAUCUGCCACCUAUCGAUCUCGGACAUAUCACAGAGCUCGGGGACGAAUUUCAAUUCAAAGCAAGUGAGCGGGAUUGUGCCGCUUUCAAAGAUGUACUAGCACAAUGUGCCGCCCAUCCCAGUCUUCAUACCAUGGAAAUACUGAGCGAGCCUGAUAUCACAUUUUCUUAUGAUUCGGAGACAUUUGAAGAGACGCCUUUGAUGGAGGAACGCAGCUUCCGUGCGUCGUGCGAGGCUGCCAUGAAACACUUCGGCGAUCAGAUCUUCAGUCACAUGUCGCAGUGUGGUACAGUCCCGAGACUCCUCCUAGUCAAAUCCUUUGACACAAGUGAUUUUGAAGAACGUAUGCCGAUGGAAGAUCGCUAUUUCUGGCCUUGGUAUAUCCACACGCGCGGAAAUGUUCGAGAUAGUUCGGGCAGCAAUCUAGUAGGUGCAGCGCGCGUUGAGAUGGAGAAGAUAUCGAGGAACUACCCUGGCGACUUCAUCCUCAGGCGCUUCUCUAGCUAA